AUGCUUACAUCUAUAUGUGCAUUGUUUACACAACAAAGAUUGAUACCACUAGACAAUAGUAUGGUCCAUAUUUCCUAUGGAACUUGUUGGAUUUUUGGACCAACGUGGUGUUAUGGAGCAUAUAGUGUUGCAUUACACUUUAUUUCACAUUCUCAAUGGUCAAUCUUAUUGAGUUUCUUAUUCCGUUACUAUGUCUUACGUUAUGAUGUUCCAACAGUUCGUCAGCUUUUGAUUGCGUUAUUUAUUUUUUAUAUUCCUUCAAUGCUUCAUUUUGUAAGAUCAUAUAUUUCGUUUUAUAAAACUCGAUUUAUAUUAUUCAAUUUCAGAUAUUAUUCAUGCUGACAAUUGGUAAUCCAAUAAUAUUAUAUGAAAAAUUGAAAUUGAAAUAUUCAAAUUACAAUAUAAUAAUGGACCAAGUUACUGGAAAUGGAGAUAUAACAAGUGUUUACACAAUGUGUUGUAUUUUACUGUUAUCAAUCUUACCAAUUCCAAUCCUAAUGACUGUUCUUUGUGUUCGUUGGAAAAUUAUAAAUAUUCUCUAUCACGAAACAAUUCAUCUUCGAGACGCUACAAAGAAUCUUCAAAGACAAUUAAUCAAAGUAAGACCAAUUUGUAUAUGUACAUAUUAGUUUCAAAUUUUCAGGCUCUGACGAUUCAAGCAGUUCUACCAUUCCUAUUUCUUUGUGCCGUUAUAAUGUUCAAUCUAGAGAACAGUGGUGUUUUUUCCAAUCCAAUUUUAGAAUGUUCAAAUACCGCUACAACAGCUCUAAUUCCAGUGUUGUCACCGUUGAUUUAUUUUUACUAUGUCGGCCCAUAUCGCAAUGUUUUUAAGAAUUUUUUCGGUUUAGAUCAACAACAAAAAGUUUUCAUAACGAGAACUUCGAGAAAGUUUGAACUUCCUUCCUGAAUAUUUCAUUUUCCAUAAAGAUUUAUUGUUUGUACUAAUCUUAUAUUCACAAAAAUAAAUCAUAUCACCGUCUAAUAACAAACAAAUAGUAGUUUAUAGCCAUAAACACAAGUACACGGUUAUUAGGUUAAGCUGAAUUUAUUGAGAGUACAAAACAAUGGGAUAUUUCAUUACUAUCGCAUUCCAAAUGUUCCACGCAAUAUUCGGUUUUCUCGGAGUUUUUCUGAAUUCUCUGCUUUUAUAUAUUUCUUUGUUUUAUUCUCCACCGUGGAUAAAAACUUAUUCAAUUUUAAUAAUUAACUUCGCAUUGACCGAUUUACUCGCUGCGGCAUCAUCUGCAUUUCUAGAGGCCAGGUUUGAUUAAUUGAUGUUUCAUCAAGAUACAAUAAAAUUCAAUUCUAUUGCAGGUUAAUCCCAGUUGGUGUGACUCUUGCUCAAAUCUCGUAUGGUCCGUGUAGUUAUCUUGGACCUGUUUGGUGCUAUGCUGGAUACGGUGUAAUGUUUCACUUAUACGUAUUUUCCCAAUAUUCACUAGCAUUAUCAUUUUGUUAUCGAUAUUAUAUUCUGUUGAAAACUGCUCCACGUCCAAUGAUAAUAGUUUUUUGGUUAUUUGUUGUUUAUAUCCCUCCAUUUUUACAAUUAGUAAGUCUAUAAUUAGAACUAGACAAACCAUGCUGACCAAAAAUCUUACAAAACUUGUUUUUUUGCAGUUUUCAUUCAUGUUCAAUCGUGAUGAUUCUCAACAGAUCUACAAUGUUCUAGAAGUAAACGGUUUAGCUGAACCUGACAUGACUGUUUCGAUGAUAACUGGCAAUUUGAAUGUUGCCGAUCCUACUGGAAUGUUUCCAAUUUUACACAUGACAUUUUCCCCGAUCCCAAUAUACAUAACAAUUUUGAUUGUUCGUGCAAAAAUAGUGAAAAUGUUGAAUAGCAUGAGAGAACAUUUACGAGAAGAGACUAAACAGUUACAUAGACAACUUUUGAAGAUCUUAUCUUUUCAAGCUGCUCUCCCCAUCUUUUUCGUAAUUGGUGUUAUACUUUUCACCAUCGAAAACAACAAUAUUUUUCGCCAUCCAGUGUUAGAAUUCUCAAUCUCAUCAGUUCAAACAAUGAUCCCAAUCCUCUCUCCAAUUCUAUAUUUCUACUACGUGAAACCGUAUCGCAAAAAAAUGGCAAAUCUACUACAUCUGAAAAACUUCAGAAAAAGCGGAAAUGGAAAAGUAGGCGCUGUUUCUGUAUCUGGUAAAAGCAGUUUCCAAGUCGUGAAUCCGAUUUAA